AUGCCUAUCGAAAUCCCCAAGGCCAACUCCCUGAUGGACAUGUUCAGCCUCAAGGGCAAGGUUGUCGUCGUCACCGGCGCCUCCGGCCCUCGAGGGAUGGGAAUCGAAGCCGCCCGCGGCUGCGCCGAGAUGGGCGCCGACCUUGCCAUCACCUACUCAUCCCGUCCCGAGGGCGGCGAGAAGAACGCGAAGGAGCUGGCCGCCACAUACGGCGUCAAGGUCAAGGCCUACAAGCUCGAUAUCGGAUCCUACGACAGCGUGGAGAAGCUUGUCAAGGAGGUGAUCCAGGAAUUUGGCAAGAUCGAUGCUUUCAUCGCCAACGCAGGUCGUACGGCUGAUAGUGGCAUUCUUGACGGAUCCGUGCAGGACUGGAACGAGGUUAUCCAGACCGAUUUGAAUGGCACAUUCCACUGUGCGAAGGCCGUGGGACAGCACUUCAAGGAGCGCGGAACCGGUAGCUUCGUCAUUACUGCUUCCAUGUCCGGACACAUUGCCAAUUUCCCCCAGGAGCAGACCAGCUACAACGUCGCCAAGGCAGGGUGCAUCCACAUGGCUCGCUCGCUGGCGAACGAGUGGCGGGACUUUGCACGCGUCAACUCCAUCUCCCCGGGUUAUAUCGAUACCGGGUUGAGCGACUUCGUGGAUCAGAAGACACAGGCUCUCUGGAAGAGCAUGAUCCCUAUGGGACGAGAUGGCGAUGCGAAGGAGCUGAAGGGAGCAUAUGUGUACCUUGUCAGCGAUGCUAGCACUUACACCACCGGUGCUGAUAUCGUCAUCGACGGCGGUUAUACUUGCCGGUAA